AUGGCGACUGCAGCACCGUCACCCCUAGCCAGCUCAAGGGAGAAGACCAAUGGAAGCAAGCUGAACAGACUCCUGAUCGAUGGUGGAACAACAGUACUGAGGAAUAUUUUUGAUGCUAUUUACCCUCCUGCAAACUUGGUUGCUGAUCUCAAUGCCAAUUACUCAAUUCUUAACAAACUUCUUCGUAGAAGAGUACUAAAUAGACAUCAGUGGGACAAACUCUUCCCCCCUGGUGGGAUGGCACCAGAUUCCAACACGUUUGACAUCACUCUUCUGUUCCUUCUACUAACCAACAUUUGUGGUUUAUCCCCUCCCCUGACAGGAUGGCACACCAAGCCAUCCCCUGGUGACAACUCUCUUGAGGCUAACCUUGCUCGCGUUAAGUUCUUUCGGAAUGUGUUGUAUGGUCACAUGACUACCACCGGUGUAGAUGAGACAUCUUUCUCUUCCAUCUGGCAAGAAUUAAGCACUACUCUUCAUUCUCUGGGUUUAGAUCAAGCAGAAAUUGACAGACUGAAGGCAGAGCGCGGUGGAGAGCAAGAUUACCGUAAUGUCUCACUUGAGUGGGCUGACAGUGAACAGGACAUAAAAACAUGGCUGAAGAAUAUCCACCAGAUGCAACUAAAGCUUAUUACGACACUUGAAGAUGGCGCUCUAAACCUGGAAGAGCUACGUCACGCUCAGUACGCCCUAAGACAAACUCAUGAUGUUGCAGUUGAAGCAGUGGAGGUAGCACUCAAAGGACAUCAAGAGUUGAGGGCAACACACCAGGAAAGUAUGUCUCAUAAACAGGGAGAGUGUGAGUCCCAAACCAAAACCAGCCAAGCUGGAGAUGAAAUUCGUGAAUCAAUUCAAGAAGUAAAACAGGAAGUAAAAAGCUUGAAGAAAAAGCCGAGAACCGAGCACGCAGAUGAGGUGCUCAAGACCCUUGUGAAGUUUGAAUUCAAAGGAGAUAUAGAGUAUCAUGCAAAUAAAUUCCAGGAAGGAACUCGUGAGUGGAUCUUCAAAAGCAUCGAAAAAUGGUUAGACGACCGGAGCUCGCCACACCGGGCGAUGGUAAUCAGUGGAAAUCCAGGGAUGGGAAAGACUGUUAUCUCUGCUGUUGUUUCGCAAAGAAUGCAAAAGGCUGGAAUACUGGCAGGAAGUCACUUUUGUCAGCAUAACAAUUCACGGUACCGAGAUCCAAGUUUAAUGCUCCAGUCUUUGGCCUGUCACUUGUGUCAAGCGAUGCCAAGUUACAAAGAUACUCUGGUGGAACAGCUGUCAAGAAAUAUGGGUGAAGGCCUCAAAAACAUGGGUGUAGAAGAGCUGUUUGCGUUGCUGUUCAAAGAGCCUCUAAGCACAGUACAAGAUCCUGGAAGAAACACCCUAAUAAUCAUAGACGGUGUCGAUGAAAGCGAGUAUCAAGGACGCAAUGAGCUUCUACAUGUAAUCAGCAACCACUUCUCUAUGCUUCCAGUUUGGAUUAGAAUUUUGAUCACAACUCGUUCAGUGAGGAGCAUAACAGAGGCAUUGCGACAUUUAGAGCCAAUCGAGCUUAAACAAAAGCGCGAGGAAAACUUAAAUGACAUUCAAACCUUGUUUGAAAAUCAACUCAGCAACAAAAUUGGUGAAGAGCAUAAAGAUAUUAUCUUGAAAGAGCUGGUUAAGAAAUCAGAAGGCCUGUUCAUUUACGCUUAUUUUAUAGUGGAUUUUAUCCAAAAGAAUGUUUCAUUUCUCACCCCUGAUCAGUUACAACGCGUGUUACCUUCAGGUAUUUCAUCCGUUUACUUGUCCUAUUUCAAACGAUUAGAGAACGAACUUUGCAAAGAGCCUGAUACAGAUGAGGAAUCUUUUUUGCGUUUCCUGUGUGCAUUGACCGCUGCAAGGGAACCAUUACCAGUGGAAUUCAUUGCCAAAAUUCUAAACCUAAGAGGAAAAUCUUUGACUGCGCGGCGAAAAGUUAACAAAGCAAUAUCUUGCAUCUCUACACUGUUACCAGUUCGGGAGGGUCGUCUGCACUUUUUUCACAAGUCAAUCAAGGACUGGCUAAGAGCAUCAUUGCCCUAUGAACAACAUGAUUUCACGGUGGACGAGAAAGAAGGUCAUGCCGUCCUUUCUGAUCUUUGCACUUCUGAACUCAAAAACAUCGACCAAAAAGGGAUUCAUGGCAAACAGCUAACCAAUACUGAAAAAUAUGCUUUGAUUCAUACUUCCCAGCACAUGCGUGAGGCCAAUGAUGAUCAUCAAUGGAUUGACCGUUCAGAGACCAUAAGUGGCACAUCUAAUCAGGUAUACCAGUAUGUGACGAACCUACAUGCUUAUUUAUCCAAAACUCUGUGUAAAUAGAACAUCCACUACGGAGGAUCUCUAUAGCAAAGAGAUUUGAUUGCAAUAUUGCUCUAUAAUCUUCUAACGAAACACUCUUAUAUUUUGCUCGAUCGCCCUCAUCCUUUUUUCUAGUGUUUGAUUAACGAAUGCAUCCCUGAAUUAUUGCCUAUGGUAGCGAGUUUUGUCGAAUUAUCUAUUCCCACAAUACCCUGCAUGAAAGUCCUAGACUAUACAGUAGAACCCCGCCUUACGGCCACCUCGAUAAUACGGUCACCUCGAUAAUACGGUCACCUCGUUAUUACGGCCAGUUUUUUUUUUGGCCCGGCAAAACGGCCAUACAUUUCCUUAUAAAAGAAAAGCGUUAAUGCGGUCACCUCGUUAUUACGGUCAUUUCUUUUUGGCCAGGCAUAACGGCCGUACAUCUUCUUAUAAAAACGUUAAUGCGGUCACCUGUUGAUACGACCACAUUUUAAAAUCCGAAACAGUAGAAUCCCUUCUAAUUUCACCCCGUUGAUGCGGCCACUCGUUCGAAAUUUAGAAAAUUAAAAUGCAUGUGACAUGUCGAUUUUAUUGAUGUAGUAAUCUAAGCUUAUUCUCUUCCUGCAUUUAGACUACAGUACACUUAAAAAUAUAAUGCACUUGUUGCGAUUUAUAGCCGAAUUUUCAAAGAGUUUCAUGUACUGAAGGGAAAUUUUGAGAAUUUUUUUCAAUUACUGUACGUGAUAUCUACAUUCCGGUUGUUUAUUAACGAGAACAGUACCUUGAAUUGAAUGCGAUGUACGGUGUAUUCCUGGUGUAUUUGUCAUAACUGCCCUCAAGUCAUGAAAGUUAAGCCUGCCCCGAUAAUACGGCCACGCUGUUAAUACGGCUAAUUUUUUUGGCCCAUUGGUGACCGUAUUAACGGAGUUCCACUGUAGUAAGGAACAGACGAGGGGAGCAGAUGAAGCAAGGUUCUACUGUUCAGACAAAAUCGCAUGUUUUGAUGUUUCACCUGAACUGGAUUACCUGGUAUGCGAGUGUCGAGAUGAAACAAUCCAUCUGUUUUCCCUGCAGACUGGUACCAAAGUAUGGGUUCGACCAUCACCAAUAAAGAGAUAGUAUGGUUUUAGAAAUGAAUAUAAUGGGAGUGGCGCAUAUCGUCAGGUAGAGAUGCACUUGUUGUCAUUUUACAAUUCUGUCACAUUUCAUCCAGUUGGGAAGUCGGUAAUACCUGGAAGUCUUCGAUAUGUUUACACCCUAACUGGAGAGAAAGAAGACCUUUUUCCAGAAAGUGAUUGUACGUUCUCAAAUUGGGCCUUACGUUCGUUAAAAGAUGGGGACUCACUAUUCACACAUUGCCCCGCAGAGCCAAGGGGGAUAAGCAUUUGGGAUAUGGUAAAUGGCCAAAAAAUAUUUAUUGAUUGUGAGAAAUACAUAUUUUCUUUUACCGUUUCUGAUGAUGGGUCACUAAUUGCUUUUUCCAACCCUGAAGUAGAUCACUAUGGUACAAUUACUGUUUUUGACUCAAACACCAGUCUCGUUUGUAUGUUAUACUCCCCGACCCCUUGGGUUUUUUCGUGUGUGGAAUGUUACGCUUCACAUCGAAUAACAACACUCCUGUUCCUGUUUGUGGCUUUCUACACAAAAAAUGCGCAGAUGAAGAUUCUUGCUACUUUUUCAUUCCGGCUGUAAAUACUUUUCACCUUUAUAACUCUCAUAUCAUUAACAUUAGCCUGUUAUUUUGAGACAAUACUUAGGGACACACCUUGACUUAGGGUGGCUCUGUUACUCCAUGACCAUGUCCCCUCUCAGAAGAACAUAACUCUUACAUAAUGUGUAUUUGAUAUAUGUUUUUUACCUUUUCACCUUCAUCAAAAUCGCAGAGUUCAGUGCUUCAUGCAAAAUGUUUCCCGGAAGUUCUCGGCAGGUUUUACGUUCCAGUGAAUUCUCAUGAUUUCUAAGUGACUUAUUUUCAGGACUUGUGGGAACUUGCACGACCGCCUGAAAAGUUGGAAUGGGCUGCUCUCGAUAAUAGUUUUAAUCUUGUGGAGAUAGGUCUCGCCUCGUAAAAGUACAGUUGUUACGGUAUAUUAUUUUGAUUAAAUAUAACGAAUGUUUACCAUUAUUAGCUUACGUGGAAGUCGAUUUCUUCUAAUUCUCUCUCUCCGUCUUUAGGAAAGCGCUACUGAUGGACGGUCAGCCUCUUUCGUGAGAGGCCCUUUAAGGGUAACACUAAUCGGAGAUCAGUGGGGAUCAUCAAUGAUCGGGUUGUCUACGGUGAACAGGGAAUUAGCAAAAAACCUUGCACGUCAGCCUGGGGUGGAAGUAACUAUUCUACUGCCACAUUACAGUGAAGGAGAGAAGCAAGAAGCUAAUGACUGUCAAGUGAGCCUUGCGACACCAGAGCCAAUGACUGGGUUUGAUUCAAUCCAGGCAUUGAGCUUUACUAGAGAAGAUCAUGAUAUUGAUGUUGUUGUAGGCCAUGGUCAGAAGCUUGGAGCACCAGCUCAGGCCAUAGCAAAACAACGCAAGUGCAGACGAGUUCAUAUGGUACACACUGCCAGUGAAGAGCUUACAAUGUUUAAGGAAGGCGAAGCAGCGAUACAUGUAGGCAAGGAGAAGCACCGAACUGAAAUGUAUUUGUGUAAGGAAGCUGAUGUCGUCCUUGCCAUUGGACCAAAGCUAAAGGAAGCUGUCUCAGCCAAUCUUCGGUGCUACGGUAGAGAUGAACAUGUGAUAGAUAUCACACCUGGAAUUUUUUCGGAGUUCGCAAACUUGGAACAAGCCAGUCAGGAAAGAGAACAAUUCCGCAUCUUAGUGUUUGGUCGUGGUAACUUGGAAGAUUUUGAACUAAAAGGAUACGAUAUAGCUGCUGAAGCUGUAGCAAGCCUAAAAGACGAAAACUACCUUCUUCAAUUUGUUGGGGCACCAAACGGUAAAGAAGAAGAAGUUAAAAACAGGUUACUGAAGUGUGGCAUUCCUCGCACACAGUUAACUGUUCGAAGAUUUGCUGAGAGUCGCAACGAAAUAAAAGAACUUUUGUGGACGGUCGAUCUCGCCAUUAUGCCGUCACGAACGGAAGGCUUUGGCCUCACCGCUCUUGAAGCACUAUCCGCUGGCCUUCCUAUUUUGGUAAGUAACAAUUCGGGAUUCGGUCAAGCUAUCCGAAAAGUAGAAUUUGGAUCUGCGAGUGUGGUGUGUUCCGAUGAUCCUAGAGAGUGGGGUAAAGCUAUCAGACAUGUGAGACAGAAACUACGGAAACUCCGGCUAAUGGAAGCUUGUUCUCUUAGAAAGUCGUAUGACAGAGAGUACAAGUGGGAUACACAGUGUGAAAAGCUUGUAGAUAGAAUGCGAAAAAUCCUCAAAUAAGCUUUGAGUAGACACUCAAGGUUGUUACGUGAUCGUAAAUAUGAACUUUUACGCAUAAACCAACGCUAACGGAUUGCCGUUCAACAGUUGAUCAAUCACACGGCUUUCGAACGGGUGAAGCAAGCCGUUUGAAUGGGUGUAUCUGAACGGAUGAACCAUUUGCU